AUGACAACACAAUCUAGCAACAGACGCCGGCUGCUAUUGACCAUCGCCCCAUGCAUGUUCACGCAACCAAGCACCUGUGAUUGUUCUAGCUACCUACACGCGGGAGAAGAACACCCACUCCUGCGACAACCCAUCAUCAGAAAAAAAGAGAAUAUCAUCGUCAAAUAACUGGAUACUUGGUGUAUUAUAAAGGAGUAUUUAUUUAUGAAAUGGAGGUGUAAAUACACGUAUUUUUCAAGAUGAUGUCCACUCGCACUCGUACCCAAAUGCCCCUUGCCACGGCGACGGUCGGCCCACAAAGCUGGAGCGAUGCUACGGUGAAUGAGAUUAAAAUUUCACAAGCGGCUGUGGAAAAAACAGACACGGGCCAAGAAGCCGGACGUUCUUUCGAUGCCUUGCCAUCCCUUCGAGAUAAUUGUGCUCAGCAAAGUAAUACAGUCGUUCACCAGUAUGUCAGGGAAUGCAGAAUAUCACUUGUCAAACUUCGGGACAGUUUUCUUGAAACCAAUGAGGAAGUCAAAAGUUUAUUACGCGGGAAGGAGGCGCUGGAAAAGAAACUGGAACACAUUCGAAAAGACAUUGCACUCAAUAAGAUGAGCACAGAAAUCAGAAGCACAAGACCGUCAAGAGAAAGGGGAAGAGAUGGUGCAGAUGACGUAGUGGAGAAAGAAUUCCGACAUCUCCAUCAACUUAAAAAGGCUCUAGAAUUGCAACUACGCUCAGUUCAAAAACAACUUCAGGUCCUAGAUCAGUGCAGGAAGCGACUUAGUGCUGUCAUCCAAGAAAGAAACAGGGUCCUAGACCUACUUUGCCAUGCCGUCUCCUCUGUCAACGGGCGUGCUUCUCGUAACAGUGGACGCAUCUCCCGUCAAGAGAAGACUAUGACCUUUGGUGGCAAUGGGACAGGCUACACUCGUCAGAUCAACCUGAAUGUUUCAGAGUUGCUUGGUGCGAGAACGUCGCCUCCUGAUGGAGAGGAACGAAACGGCUCCAAUACACCCCCUCCAGAUCCCUUAGGCCCGUUCACCCCAGAAGCAGCUGCUUCUAUUGCUCAGGCCAGGGAAGCACGCCAGCGCUCACAAGUCCUCCGCAAGGAAAUCCGUGAUGCCAUUGAGAAUACUCAGCAGUUGCAGCAGGCUGCACACAGGGCUGUUAAUGGUAGUCUUAAUCAGAAGGUUGCCGAAACUGUCACACUGAAGCAACAUCUGACUGUAGCGGCUGGUGAGAACCGUCAUUCCAUCCAUCGUGCCCAGCGUUGGUAUGACUCUACAGAGAAGGCCCUAGGCUACACCAUUGGACCUGAGAUGCAGUCUGACUUGGAGACCAGGGAGAAACUAACCCGUCCUCUGGUCCGGGUCUACCAGCGACAUCCGGGCACCAACCUACCAGAAGCACAAGAUAUUAUCAAGGGUGCUGCCGGCCUAGACGAAUCACUACUCAAGACAAGUCGUAAUAUCGGUCUCCUUCAAAUGGCACAGGGUCGUCUCCAAGGCGAUAUUAGGCACAAGCACGCCGGUGCCAGUGUCGACUCCUCAAUCGUCCGGAUGCGACGUCGCCUUGCCAACCACAGAUGGGUGAUGGGAAGCGUUUGAUUGCCUCUUUUCUCGAGGUGUUGCCAUAAGGCAUGUUUGAUUGCAGAAAAAUGAAGAAAAAAAUGCAAUAUAGUCUACUCCAUUCCUUUCAAAAUAAUGAAAAAAUACCUGAAGAAAUAUAUUAUCCCAUUAGGUAUCAUGUUGAUAAAGGGCUAGUUAUUAUAGGUAAAGGGUUGGUAAACAAUGCUUAUUAUAGACCAAUCAGUCAUCAGUUUAUUCAUGAUAUUUUUUAAUGCAUUUUAUUUUUAUUUAUUUACUUGUCACUUUAAUAGUAUAUGAAUCUCAACCACCAGUCCAAUCCAAAUUGACAUUUCCAUAAUUUAACAUUUAGUGCAUACUAAAUUUCCAAUUGCUGGGCUUUUCAGUUUGAAUAAUGCAGACCUGUCUUAUCUAAAUCUGAAAGAAUAAAUCAAUCCCAUACAUAACAGAGUUAUUAAAUGUAAUAAUAAGGUACGUAGUUGUGAUAAUACAACCUUAUUAAUUGGAUCAUAGAAUAAAAAAUAGAGAUAUUUGUGAAUAAAUUUGCAUGAAAAUGGAAUGAAUGUGUGAUGGCUUAAUCAGCUGGGAACUGUAUAUCUGCAAUGCACCCAAGUUUUAUUUGUUCACUCUAGUUCAAAAUAUGCUGUGAAUGGAAUGGUAUGAAGUGAGUAUAUGGGAAUUUUAUUGAAUGGAAGGACAGGUUCAAAAUGGCAGCUCUUUGAAGAUUGUCCCGUCAUCUCUGUUGUCGGCUCAUUCCAAAUGUCUUCAUAUUGUGGGGUAAAGUGGAGUUAUCUUCUCAUCAUGCUUACUUGUACAUCUGAAAAUAAUGAAAAUAUAAAAAUCAUAGUGGGUUCUUUUACAGUUUUUACUUCAAAAAUGCUGGAGCAUACCCAUAGACAGACCAAGCACAAAAGAGGGAUCACCUUGUUAAUGUAAAGGAAGAGGCUUUAACCUGAAAGAAUGGGCGUUAUUUUAAAACAGGGUAAUCAAUUUCCCACGUUUGCUUUAUUAAUAAGCUCCAUGUACUUGCUUUUUUCUGUCUUUUAAAUUUGAUGCUAUAUAAGGAUUCUGAAGCUCCAUGCACUCCAUAAAUCUAGAAGCUGUUUAUGUUCACGAUUUUAAUGCAAAUUCAAAUUUACUGUAAAUGGUGUAUUCUAUUUAUGUCCAGCACAAAAUGUUGCAGUUUUUUCAGCUAGCAGAGGCAGAGUUGUCAAGUAAAUGAUCAUCAAUUAACUUAUUACACCCAUGGGGAGAAAGCGAAAACAUCAUACGUACCUACAUAUGUAUAUCUUCUUUGAUCAUUAGGAUAAUUGCUAUUUAUCACUUUUUCAUGCAACGAAUCUUAUAAUUGCCAAUGUAGACUAGAAAUGCAUGUAUUUUCUUUUUGUGAGAUUUGACCCGAAGGAGAGGGUAUGAGACGCAAAACCUUCAGAUAAGUCUAGAUUUAGGGAGAAAAUGCCAAUUCUGUCUCUGUGCCUUGCAAAAUUAUAAGAUGAGAAAUGGUUCCUGACUAGGUCAGGAUUGUUAUCUGAUUAUAUCGUAGAAAAUAUUAUUGUACUGAUUCUACAGUAAAUAUAUUGUGUAUAGCUGCCUUAUAUAUUUGUAAAUAAUAUGCACAAUUGUACAUCAUCAAUGCUGUUAAUCAACGAGGUUUGUGCUAAUUUUCUCUUCCGUCCAAUCUCUUUGCUUUCUUCAGAAGCUGCGCUGUAUUAUAAAUUCAUAAUAAUUCUAUGAAACAAAUUUAUAUUCUAUGCAUGAGAUGAAUUAAUGAGUGCUUUCUCUAUCUGUAACUAUGCAAUCGUACCAAUAGAUAUAUAUAUCAAGUAUUAAACAUGAAUUAUGUAGAUCAAUUAUCUUUAUUGAUUAUGCAUGUGUGGAGAGGGUAUGGAGAAUAUUAUGUUCCAAACAAAUUUGAAAUAUGGUAUCUAUGGAAUAUCAUGUGAAUUAUCAGACCCAAGGCAGGUAAAAUAUGGCCACUUUCGGAUGAAGUGGAUUGCAGAUCAUUUGUCUGAUUGCUGCCCUUAAAUGACUUGGAAUGUCAUGUGAAGAGAGAAAAAAAUUAUCACAGCAGUGAAGAUUGACUUUUCUUGCAAAUUGAAUAUUAUUAACAUCAAUAACUAACAAUAUUUAGAAAUCAUGGAAAAGGUGAAAAAAUUAACAUCAGAAUAUUACAUCCAUUUCUUAAUUUUAACUAUGCAAAUGUUCUUUACAAGAGAUCCAUGAUGCAAAUAUAUAUAUAUAUAUGAAUAAACAGAUGAUAAUUCCAUGUAAUCAAUUACAAUUAUAUUUGUCCAAUAUGAUGGAACUCAUUAUGCACUAUCAAGGAACCAAGUAUUAUCAUUAUUGAGUCACUUUUAGCAGAUAAUACAAAUUUUUGUAUUUUUUAAAGAAAUGUUUCUGCUCAAAGGCAGUAAAACACAAUUUAACUAACCACUCCACAGAUGUUUGAUCAAGAAGGAGGUCUGGGUUAUGUUCAAGAGCUAAUUUCUGUCUUAAGAUGUCUGUCUAUGAGCCAACAUCAAUAUUUUGAUUGCUUUAUCUUUCAAUAUUAAUGACAAAAUAUUGAAGUAUCUUUUCCACCUUGCAUAUCAAGUUUAUCUACAAAUAUGUACAUUUUAUACUGUGCUAUCAAAUUUCUACAAAUGUUGCAAUAAUUGGUAUUAUUGUACUGUGCAGUGGAAUUAUAGAGGUAUUAAAAUCUGUAAAAACA